AAUAGGAGGCAGUCUGGGGAGAAGUUCAAACUGUGGUGGCGGUUGGGACCGUGGGUCUCUCAUCUGUGUGCGGGCGAGAAAGGAACAGGCGGCGGCUUCGUGCCCAGCGGCCGCGGGAUGGCGGACGAGGGGGCUGUGACGGUCUGUGUGCGUGUGCGGCCGCUCAUCGCCCGAGAAAAUGCCCUGGGUGAUAAAGUGGCGUUCCACUGGAAAAGUGAGAAUAAUACCAUUUCCGAAGUCAAUGGCACAAAAGUGUUCAGUUAUGAUCGUAUAUUUCACUCAAGUGACAACACUCAGCAGCUGUAUGAAAGUGUAGCUGUUCCAAUUAUACAGUCAGCUGUGCAAGGCUAUAAUGGCACAAUCUUUGCAUAUGGACAGACUGCUUCCGGGAAGACAUACACAAUGAUGGGAAACGAAUAUUCUCCGGGCAUUAUUCCUAAGGCAAUUCAACAUGUUUUCAAACUUAUUUGCGAGAUUCCGGAUAGAGAAUUCUUGCUAAGAGUUUCUUACAUGGAAAUCUACAAUGAAACCAUUACAGAUUUGCUUUGUGAUAUCAGGAAAAAGAAGCCUCUGGGAAUUCGUGAGGAUGUUAAUAGGAAUACGUAUGUGGAAGAUCUGAUUGAAGAGGUGGUGGUUGCCCCAGAACAGGUCAUGGAAUGGAUCAGAAAAGGAGAAAAAAAUCGCCAUUAUGGAGAAACAAAAAUGAAUGAACACAGCAGCCGUUCUCACACUAUCUUCAGAAUGAUCAUUGAAAGCAGAGAACGAAGUGACCCUGCAAAUACAAACUGUGAUGGAGCAGUGAUGGUAUCCCACCUGAACUUGGUAGAUCUGGCAGGCAGUGAAAGAGCUAGUCAAACAGGAUCUGAAGGUAUCCGACUGAAAGAAGGCUGCAAUAUAAAUCGGAGCUUGUUCAUUCUGGGUCAGGUUAUCAAAAAACUUUGUGAUGAUCCUUCUGGCUUCAUAAAUUACAGAGACAGCAAGCUGACUCGAAUUCUGCAGAACUCCCUUGGAGGAAAUGCAAAGACAGUUAUUAUUUGUACAGUUACUCCUGUUUCUUUUGACGAAACGCUCAGUACUCUUCAGUUUGCCAAUACAGCCAAAAGAAUGAAGAAUACUCCGAAAGUCAAUGAAGUACUUGAUGACGAUGCCCUCCUGAAGAGAUACCGCAAAGAAAUUCUGGAUCUGAAAAAGCAGCUGGAGGAAGUGUCCUCAAAGACUCAAAUUCACGCAAUGGAAAAAGACCAAUUGUCCCAGCUGCUGGAAGAAAAAAAUUCUCUUCAAAAAGUACAGGAAGACAGGAUACGAAACUUAACUGAGAUGCUGGUGACUUCUGCCUCCUUUUCCUCAAAAGAGAUGGCUAAAGCCAAGAAAAGAAGAAGAGUUACGUGGGCUCCUGGUAAAAUAAACCAGGUGAAUCAGAGCUAUUUUGAAGACUUUGGAAAAACAAUGCUGACUGAAGCAAAAAAGAAGAAAAUGUCUCUGUCGUCACUACCAGAAAUGGAGGAUUCUACAUUAGAGACUUCUGCAUGUGACAACCAGUGUCUGCUUCCUGAUCAAGUUUCAGAGGUAGAAUGGACUGACGGACCUAAAGUGAAUUGGACUCAGAGAGAUUUUGAAGAAUCCGUGCAACUCUGUGAAGCGCUAGUGCUAGAAAAGGAUAUUGCUGUAAAUGAGGUCAACAUCCUGCAAGCUAACUUUAAUGACCUGGUAUUGGAAAAUGAGCAGCUCAAGUUAGAAAUAAAUGAACUGAAGGAGAAACUGAAAGAAAAAAUGGAAGUGGAUGAAUUUGAAGCACUGGAAAAACUAACACAAAAAGAUCAUGAGACACAACUAAUGCAUGAAAUUACCAACUUAAAGAAUCUCGUUUCAAAUGCUGAAGUGUACAAUGAGGAGCUAGAGGCAGAAAUAAGCUCCAAAUUGGAACAGCUGAAAGAGAAAGAGAACAAAAUUAAGAUAUUGCAGAAUCGUGUGGAAGAAUUAGAGAAAGCAGGAGCAGAAAAAAAGGACACAUCUUUUUCAGUGGGAGAUGCUGAUAAGCUAACUGAAGAAAUACAGCAGCUGAAUAAAUCCCUCUUAGAUAGCGAAGCCAUAGCCUUGGAUGCCAAAAAACAAUCGGCUUUUCUCAGAACUGAAAAUUUGGAUCUGAAGGAGAAGAUGAAUGAACUCCUAGGUAAUUACAUGCAAAUGCAAAAGGAUGUUCAACUCUAUCAAAGCCAAAUAGAAGCGGGAAAAGCCAGUUACAAAAAAAUGCAAGCUGACUUGCAGAAAGAGUUGCAGUUUGUAUUUCAAGAGAACACAAGGCUAACUUCACUGAUGGAGGGGAAAGUUCCAAAAGAUCUGCUUUCUCUUGUGGAGCUGGAAAAACAGGCUGCUGACUUAAAAGGAGAACUAGAAAAAGCUUUGAAUGAGAAUGCACUUCUACAACAACAAGUCAAUGAGCUAUCAGAAUUUCAGUCUCUACCAAAUACUGUUGAGAUGCAGCAGAAAGAGAUUCUUGAAAAAUGCGAGGAGCUGCACCUAUUGAAAUUGGAAAGAGAAAAGCUGCUUGCUGAAGUAGCUGAUAAUGAAGUUAGACUUAAACAUAUGACUGAAGAAACUGCAAAAUCAAAAGAUGAUCUUGCAGAUGCUCAACUUAAAUAUGUAAAGUCUGAGCGAGAACACGUCGCACUUAAACAGCUCCAUGAGGAACUAGAGCAAAAAUAUGUAGCUGCAUCGGAAAACAAUGAACAAAUGAAGCUCCAAAUAGAUGUUCUAUCUAAAGAAGCACAAGAGUUUAAAACAACUUUGGAUGAAGUGAAAUUAGAGCUCUGUAGCAAAAUGCAAGAACUGGAAGAAAAGACAGCAGAGCACAAACAACUUCUUGAGGUGAGAGAAGAUUUGAUUCAGACUCAGCAGAAGUUAAAUGAAAUGGAGCAAUUAAAAGAACAAGAAAAAAUGAUGGAGUUGAGCCUGGAGGCCAAGGAUUCAGAGAUCCAGGCAGUUCUCCAACAGCUUACUGGAUGUCAGGAGGAAAUAAAAACUCUAACCCAAGAAAGAGAUUACUUGAAGCAAAAAGAAGAGUCUCUCCAGGCUGAGGUAGACCAACUCAAAGAGGAUAUAAAAGACACUGUUUCAAUGAACAUUUUGGCACACGAAGAGCUGAGAGAUGCACAGAGUUCUCUCAAACAAUCACAGGACACUGUCAAGAAGCUGGAAAAAAAUAUUUCUGAAAAAGAAUCUCAGAUUCUGAGUGUUGAAGAGGCACUAGAGACAACCACUAAAGAACUCAAAACACAGAUAUCACAAAUGAUGGAAGAAAUAAAAAUCAUCACAUCAGAGAGAGUCCAGCUUGCUGAGGAAAAAUCACAAAAUAACUGCAGAGCAAGUGAUGAGCUUCAGGCGCUAAAGGAACAAAUCUCUUUUCUUACACAAGAGAACAAUUCUUUGCAGGAUAAGCUGGGCAGUUUACAUUUGAAAAAAGAAGAGGAUGGGGAAGGCACUUUGAUUCAAGAAAAAUCUAUGGAGCAAGAAUUAUGUCUUCUGAGAGAAGAGCUGAGCCAGGCACAAAGGAAACUGCAGGAAAUGGAGGAAGUGAAGGCCAACGAAUGUCAAAGAGAAUCUGAAAGAAUGGAGAGAACGGAUUUUAUUCCAAAAUUGCAUGGCUAUGAGGAAGUGAGCACUAUGACAGAAGGAGGGGAUGAUCACCUUAAAAUGCAACUGGAAAAUCUCCAAAAUGAGAGAGACCAGCUAAAAGCAACUAUACAGGAGACAAUUAGCAGGAAUUCAGAGAUGCAGGAGGAGCUGAGAUGUGCUCAAAACUCUCUCAGACAACAUCAGGAGACUAUUGUGGAGCUGAAAGGAAGUAUUUUAGAGAAAGAAAAUCAAAUCUUAGAAGCACAAGAAGCAUUGAAGGAAACAAAGGAUGAACUGCAGCAGAAGAUCACUCAAGUGACAGAAAAUCUGACCCAUGUCUCUUCUGAAUAUGGCAAGCUCCUGGCAGAAAAAGAACAAACUGAAAGAACAGUGAACGAGCAGAUCCGUCAGCAGCUUGAGAAAAUCACUUUACUGAAUCAGGAGAAAGAUGAACUUCAGCAAAUGGUAGAGACUUGUAAAGCAGAAAGACUUCAGUUAGAGGCUGACUGUCAGGAAAGCAAGGAGAGAUUCUUAAAGGUUCUGACAGAAACGGAACAUCUACAGGAAGAAUUAAAGCAUCAGAAAGAGCAAGCUGACAUCCAGAAGAACGUGAUAGCAAAUGGAGAAGAGAAACUGCGAAACACGGAAGAAAAAAUGAAUGAAGAAAUAAACAAACUGAAAGAAAAGGUAUCCAAGUUGAAUGAGGACUUAAAUUUGGUAACUAAAGAAAGGCACCAGCUGCUGAGAGAACUAAAAGAAAAGACCGAGAGUGAAAGCGAUAAACUUCAACAGCUGGAGGAACGGUGUCAUUUGUUAGCGGAGGAGAGAGAGCAGCUCUGGGGAAUGCUGGAAAGUGUUCAAGCGGAGAAGAACAAACUGGAGAUUAACCUACAGGAGAGUGUGGAUAAGAUUCUUGAAACUGAAAAGGAAUUGAAGUGGCAACAAGAACUCCUCAGCAACGAGAAGUUGAAGGCUGAAGAAAGAGAAGAACGCUUGUUAAAGGUUCAGAGACAGUCAGAGACUUUGGAGGACAGCCUGACUAACAAGAUCCAACAGUUAACGGAGAGGCUAAAUACAGUAUCAUGUGAAAAAGACCAGUUAUUGGCUGAAAGUACUAGUCAUUCUUUCCAACUUAAAGAACAAAUCUCAUCAAUUAAUCAAGAAAACGAUGAGCUACAAAGACUUCUCCGGGAUGUCAGGUCUGAGCGGGACCAGCUCAAGACAGAAUUGCAAAAAAAUUCUGAGAUGUAUGUUGAAACAAAGGCAAAACUGGAAUGUGCUCUAGAGCAACUGAAGCAGAGAAGCUUGAAUGAUGUGUCCAUUCAGGUGAAUGCACUGGAUAAUGCAGAACAAAUGGUUGAUGACAGCCUGAAGGAAACGACCUUGAAAAUUAAGGAGCUUCUCGAUAAAUUCCCAAAUAUAGAGAAGAGGUAUGAAUGUCUCUCUACAGUUUCUCUUAACCUAAAGAACGAGCUGAACAGUCAGAAAGCACGGAUCGCUGCCAUACUGCCUCAGCUCCCGUUGGAAAAGAGCAAACAAGUCAAAAGACUUCAUACUAUAAAUGAAAAAGUAAACUCUCUUCUCCAGAGUUUAUUGAACAAACUGAAGUUUCUGUUCAGUCGUGUUUGCUUCAAGAAAAGAGAAUAUCAUGCUGCUGUUAACAAGUAUGCAAUGGAAUUGCUUGAGGAAAAGAAGAAACAAGGUCAGCUACGAGCUCAGAUUCAGAGUCUCAAGAAGACCUAUUUGAAGCAGAAUGAGAGAUCCUCUCAGGAGUUCAACAUCACUGAAGUGCUGCGGAGGUUGCACUUGGAUGCAGAGAGCAUUCUCAAAGACGUAUCAGAAAUGGAAGGCGAACUUCUCAGCAUAGAAGCGGGGUUACAGCAGGAAGAAAGUGCUAGAAAAGAAACAACAGAGUUCUGGGAAGCUUGUUCAGGUACUCACUGUGAUACAGAGGAACUUGAAGAAAAGUUAAACAAAGAUAACGAAAGGCUUCUGCAAGUCAUUAACUUCUGGAAUCCUAAAUCAAAGAUACUCCUUCAACUUUCUUCAGAGCUGGAUGCCAGAACUGCCAAUUAUUGUAAAAAUGCUGACAUAGAAUUGAAACAGAUAAAAGAGAAAAGUGAAGAGUUGCUUUUGGAACUAAACACUCUUAAAGAACAGCUGGGCCCUGGGGGCUCUGCCAGUCUUGCAUUACAAGAAGAGAACUACAGGCUUCAUAACAAAUUAAAGGCUGCAGAACAAGAUAUAAAGGCUAUGGAAGUAAAAAUUCGGAAGUUGGAAACUGCAAUAAGUGAAGCAGAAAAAGACGUCAAAGAGAAAGAUGACAGGAUAAACAAGUUACAAGCACAUAUAAGAAUAAAAACAGACACAAGUGAGCUCACCCAACUGCAAGCCAAACUGAAUGAGACGGAGAAGUGCCUCAGAACUGCAUUAUCAGAAAAACAGAGUCUCCAGGCAAAAUUAGAUAAAGGUGCUGAGUUGUACAAAGAUGAAAUCGAUAAUCUGAAAACACAGUUGGUAAAAUAUGAUAUGGAAAGAAUGAAACAAUCCAACUCUUUUGAUAUAAAACUUGCUAAUUAUAAAGCUCUUGUAGAACACCAAGAACAACAGUUAAGAAAGCUAAAAGAAGAACUUAGAAGAGCACAGCAAGAGCAAGAUGCUACUGUGGUGCUGGAAAAAGCAGCUCCUCAGCAAUCCCAAAUGCCCAUGACUUGUGGUGGUGGCAGUGGCAUCGUCCAGAGCACACACAUACUUGUUCUGAAAUCUGAGCAAGCGAAGCUGCAGAAAGAGAAUUCCCACCUGAAGAAAGAAAAUGACACUCUGAUAAGUAAUGAGCUUCAACUGAAAGAGGAACUUAGAAAAUGGAAAGAAAGAGCCCUAAGAUGGAAAGAACAAUCCUCAAGAGAAAGCACUGGAGGGACAGUACCAAGGUCUCCACGGAAGACAAUGUCAUAUUCCCUUAAAGAGCAAAUGCCUUCAACCUCCAAGGAACUUAUUUCUCAGGAAACUGUGAUUCAGGACAUAUCAAAGCCUCUGCCACUGACCUGCCCAACAAAUCUAUUUGAUAAUUCCAGCUUGGUUACACUAACAGAUACACGAUCUGCAGGAACAGAGCCCACAGAAGAACAUCUUAAGCGCUGGUUUGGAAGUUCAGAGAAAGAUAAAGCCCCUGACUGCACCACCCAAUAGAGGAGACGCUCUGUUCUAAGCUGCCUUUGCAGUGGCUACAACCACUGAAAUAUCUGAAAGAUAAUUGCUUCAAAUCAAAGGCCAUCAGCCUCUUCCACACACUGUAGGCAGAGAUUUAAUAGCAUGCAGAUCCCUUGCUGCCUUGGAGCUGCUACCUUCCAUGACUGGAAAAGCUGAAAUGCAGGAACAAAAAUGGAAAAGUAGUCAUGUUGCCCACAGCCUGCUGAUCUGAUGAUGUUCUACUGUGGUGGGGUUUGGUUUUUUGAUGGCAAAGAAGAAAAAGUUAAUGUGUUUUAAAAAAAAAAUCAAACAGGAAUGAAUCACAAACUAAUCUGUGGAAUUUCUGCAUCUUAAACUCUUCUUUCUGUCAUUCCUGAAACAACUCCCUUUGGCUUGGUCAGUAUUUGUAUGUCCAGAGUGCUGCUGAGUUGGAAAGAAUGAUGCUAUUUGUUUCUCGGCAUACGGUUUUUGUACCAUGCAGUUUCUGUGGAGUUAGAGAACGCAUUUUCACCACAAUUUUAACCUCUCUGGACAUUGCAACUGAAGUUAGUAAUUUUCUGUUGAUAGGGCACACAAUCAAGGGCUCCUCUUAAAGUCCUUACAAUAUUUCUGCAGCUCAGCCAAUUAUGGUGCCAAGAGUAACUCUAUCUUUUUCAUCAUCUUUCAAUAUGCUUCCAGGUCCUGUCUGAAGUUGAGUAUUAGAUUUUUUUUGUAAUAGUAAGCAGUGGACCUGACACUUCUGCUGUUCUAGUGAAUGGAAAGUAAACUGGGUAAUCAGGGCUGCAAGACAGACUGUUUUACUGGCCCACUUCUCUGCAUUGUGAGACUUUUUUCUUUUUUUUGUAUGUUUUAAGAUUUGUUUUGACAAUAAAUUUUAUUGUGCUAAGUA